GUACAUACAACCACCAGGCCGCUGGUAUUGCCCUCCACCCCCACGAGUGGCGUAGCGCCAAGCAGCAGCGCAGCACCACACCUCCACCUGGACGCCGGAAGAACUACCCGUUCAGUGACGGAGGCUUCAGUGAGGAUGACUGGGACAAACCACCAGGAUUUAUCGGCCAACAACCAGACGGUAUAAUGUUGGAUCCAGAUGACAGUUUCUGGUGUCAGGCGCUUGAGGAUCUGGAGACGUGCGGCCAAUCAGAACUGCUCCGAGAGAUUGAGGCGUCAAUAAUGACAGGAACAGCCAUCAGUCUGGGUGUAGAAGGUGCUAACAAGCCUCAAGCUGAGCCCAUACUGGCCCACAGCAGGAUGAGCCCACUGCGGAGAAAUUCCCUCCUGCACCAGGGAAACCUGUUCCACCAGGGGACACACCUGCAUGAGCAUGCUCACCUGCAUGAGGAGGCCCAACUCCACCAAGACGCCCACCUGCUCCAGGAGGCCCAUUUCAACCAUGAGGCCCACCUGCAGCAUGAGGCCCACCUGCACCAGGGGGCCUACAUCCACCAAGAUAACCAAUCCCUCUUGCACCAUGAUUCCAAGCCUAAAGCCUCCCUGAGAGUUUCAGAGAGGACGUGGGAGUCUCGUCGGAUCAAAGAGGAGAUGCAGGGAAUUCUGUCCCCAACGCCUCUGGAGCUGCACAAAUGCAACUUUUACUAG